AUGUUUCUGAAGCACCUUGAUCUGACCACUGCUCUGCGGCCUUCGUAUCUCCCGGAUGAAGCACUGCUCUUUGUGCAGGACAAUGUCGGCUUGUACGAGGGGAAGUUCAAGCUCCCCAACCAGCAGAAUGGCCAGGUAUAUCUGACUUCACAUCGUAUCUGCUAUGUCGACAAGGAGGAGCCGAGGAAGAACUCGGUCGCCCUCAACUUGAAGGAAGUGGACCGCUAUGAGUUCUAUGCCGGGUUCCUCAAGUCCUCGGCCAAGGUCACUCUUGUGCCCAAGCCCCUGAAGCGCUCAACGCUUCACAACCGCGUUGUGUCCAGCACCGGAGUCACCUCAAGGGGCAGUACGCCGUCUCCCGCUCAGUCAGACAACGCAUACGCUCCUCCGUCUGGGCCUCCAGCAAUCACAACAGCCACCUGGGUCUGCACCAUCUGCAGCUUCUCCAAUCCCGUCCCCUCGAACUUUGAUCCAGUCACGGCCAAUGCCCACACGCCGCUUCCACCAUGCUUAGCAUGCGGCAUCAAACCAACCUUGUCGCAGGUGCUAAAGGCCGCCAUCACCAGCGCAAGCAACCGUCCGACGGCUUCGUCCAGUUCCAGCCAGCAAGCCUCAACAAGCGCUACGACACAAUCAAGCGACCCCUAUUCGGCAUCGGGUACUCCCGCUGGCGACGGGCAAGGAAAGCCUGAUCCUACCGUGUCAUUUCACUGUCCUAGAUGCACAUUCUCAAACCAUCCUUCCCUUCUAUCCUGCGAGAUGUGCGGAGCUCCAUUGCUUUCACAAGAUCUACCGCCUUCCAUAUCCAACAACUCAGACUAUACCAGGACACAGUCCCCAGGACCGGUCAAGGACAGCAGCAGCAAAGCGAGCCCAGGCGGCAACGAAUAUGCGGAGAGCGUCAAGAUAUCGUUCCGGGGUGGCGGAGAGAAGAUCUUCUACGAGCGUCUCAAGAGUGCCAUGACACAACGCAAAUGGCUACUGCACGAUGCGCCUCCCGCCCCAAAGAGCAAUCGUAUGAUUGAGGACAGUUCCGUCAACGGCUCAUCAGGCGCCCCCGCCCCCAAGGCGAAAGCAGCUGGCAUUGCCGGGCUCGAGCAGCUGGGCUUGAACAUGCGCAAGGACAAUGAGAUUCUCAUUGGCAGCGCCUUUGAGGACCUCGAAGCCCUGAUGGCCUCCGCAAAGGAGGUGGUAGCCCUGGCAGAGAGAUUCGCACAGCAGGUCAACGGCGCCAGCGACGACGUCACGUCCAAGGAGAACUCCAUCCUGGCGGAAUCCGCCCACCAGCUCGGGCUGAUCACAACCAAGGACAUUGUCGGCGGCGGAAGCUCCGAGUCGCUCUACCUCUCGGAGCUGGCGCGCAACCUAGCCGAGUUCCUCACCGACGACGCCCGCGGCGUGCUCAAGCGAGCGGGCGGGAUCCUGACGCUCGUCGACCUGUGGGCCAUGUUCAACCGGGCGCGCGGCGGCGUCGAGCUCGUCAGCCCGAUGGACUUUAAGAAGGCGGCGCAGAUGUGGGAGUCGCUCAAGCUCCCCGUGCGGCUGCGCACGUUCCGCAGCGGUGUCAUGGUUGUCCAGGCGCGGGACCGCACCGACGAGGCCACCGUCAAGUCCAUCUUGGCGUGGCUGCAGGACCUGCACGAGUUCCCGCCCGAGCGGGAGGUUGCGUGGGACUGGCGCCAGUUUGGGCGCGGCGUCACGGCGCAGGAGGCCGCGGAGAGGUUCGGCUGGAGCCUGGGCGUUGCCGAGGAGGAGCUGCUCAUGGCGGAGGAGCAGGGGGCCCUGUGUCGCGAGGAGGGACUCGAGGGGCUCAAGUUUUGGAAGAAUUACAUUGGGGCCAGCGAUGUGGAGGAGAUGCAGAAGAGGGAGGCGCAGCGGGAGGCGGACGCGUUGAUGCAGCGUUUGCGAGACACUGGGUUUAUAUAG